GUUAUUUUCCUGCGCCCACGCACCAAACUUGCACAUAAGUAAAGAAGAGAUCGAAGAAGAACUGACUUUUUGCAGAAUUCCACAAAGAUGCGAUUAACCACGGUGUUUAUUGUCACCAUCGUUCUUAUCGCGAUGGUGGAGUUAUCCGAAACAAGAGGGAGAUCAGGAGGUUCUAGAAGCUUCAGAACCAGUAGAACGAGAAGUAGCUCUGGAGGAUCAAGCUCAAAGCCUAAAAUCACCAAAUACACGCCAAUCACCGCUACUUCAGCUCGCUCUCCAGUGAUUGUCUCACAAACUCAUAUGGGUUCGCGUUCAAACACGUUCAAUAAAGUUGUCUUUGCCUACGCGUUGCACCAGUACGCUUUCAGCAACGCUCCAGUCUAUCGGCAGGGAUAUCCAAUGUACCGGAUUUAUGUAUCUAUCCCAGAGGAAAGAGCUGUAAGGGUGACCUAUGAGAGAGAAAGGUUGCUGGAUGAGGAAGGAAAUUUGUGUUUGGGUUCAUCAGCAGGGAGUCAAACUUUGGAGGAAGGAAUUGACGAUAACUUGGUUCACUUGAAUACUACAGUGAAGUACAAAAAUGGAGAAACAAAAACACUACUCGGUGUCGAUAAGACGGUGUCGCUGGAAGACAUCAAGGAUCAAGACUUCAAAGUCAUAUGCCUCGCCAGUUACAACGUCGCGAUUGUUAAAGGAACCACUUGUACACAGGUGGAAAAGACCAUCGAGGGUACGAUGGUUACCAUGUACGAGACAAAUCCAAACGGUUCGAGUCAGUUGAACGGAAAUAACAACCUCCUUUCAAUUUUGAUUGCGUUGUGUGUAUUAGUCAAAACAUUUAUUCACCAACAGUAAGAAUCGGACUGGCCAUUGUGUCUAGAUUGUCCGUUGUAUUCGAGAGAUGAUCGAUUCGAUUUGAUAGCCGAUCUCUUAUUACGCGCAAAGUAGUAUGUAAUCAGAAUUUGAUAUUCAUCAGUUAGGUGACGAUCAAUUAUGCAUGGCACGCCAUUCGGCAAUUUCAUUUGACUGGUAGUAACCUAAUGCUAAAUUUGCAUUUUGUUUGUGUUUUCUGCAUCGCUACCGAUGACACUUAAUCCGUAGUUAAAAAAAUAGGUUCUUAUCAUGUAAAUACAAUUUUAGUAGGAUGUUUUGAUUUGCUAAAUAAACGAAAUGUGUUCGCGUGAGGAAAGCUAUGCACGACUAAU